CAGCACUGCCUCUACCAACUGUAAUUGGUGAAGUUGUAUGGUCCGUUCAAACAUACAGGACUUUUCUCCUCACCGUCGCAUGUUUAUUUAGAUGACUUAACAACUGUGCGCGGGGCCGUGGCGAGGCCGUGGGCUGUCUUCUGUAGUGGGGGGAGGGAGCUAGUAUGCCGACCUGCUUAGGGAGCGAAGCACGCGGAUUAUGGACUGCCUGGCGCAGCGCGUGUAUGCCGACAUGGAUUCCAUACUGAGCCGGUGACAGCACUUGGAGGAUACCAUGGCUUGUUUUGAUAUCCCAGAUUCAGAUGGAGACCGCACCCAAUGGAUAUCUACUUGUUUCGCACGCAGAAUGAAUGUUUGAAUUAUGACUUUUGGGAAAAACUAGCAGUGGGCACGAAACAGCAUGACAGAGUUCCAAACUCCAGGUGCGCAUCAGUAGACUAGCGGGAAAAGAGGACACGAACUCCCUUCAUGUGGUGGAUAACUCUUUUCACUUUUCACGAAAAACCUGGCGUUUCCUACUCGUCGAUUUAAUGACAGUGGCUCGACCAUGUCUCUCUCAGUUCACCAGGAAACGAGGAAAUUUACAAGGGGGCUAAGUAAACCCGGAACGGCGGCAGAACUACGCCAAAGCGUCUCUGAGGUGGUCAGGACGUCGGUGCUUGUUGCAAAGCCAAAGGUGAUCGAGCCGCUGGACUAUGAGAACGUGCUGGUCCAGAGGAAGACGCAGAUCCUCAGCGAUGUCCUCCGGGACAUGCUCCAGUUCCCCCUCGAGGACUUCCAGAUAUCGACGCUAAGACGCCAAAUAAGGACUGUCUACCCUUCUGUGCCUGAUAAAGCAGAGAGGGAAGCUCAGAGCCUGUUCGUCCAAGAGUGCAUCAAGAGCUACAACUCGGACUGGCACGUCGUUAAUUACAAGUAUGAGGAUUACUCCGGAGACUUCCGCCAGCUCCCCAACAAGGUAUCCAGGCCAGACAAGCUUGCGGUGCACAUAUUUGAAGUGGAUGAAGAUGUGGACAAAGAUGAGGACACGGCCUCCCUAGGAUCCCAGAAAGGGGGCAUCAGCAAGCAGGGCUGGCUCUACAAAGGCAACAUGAACAGUGCCAUCAGUGUCACCAUGAGGUCUUUCAAGAAGAGAUACUUCCACCUGACUCAACUGGGGGAUGGGUCUUACAACCUGAACUUCUACAAGGAUGAGAAGAUCUCCAAGGAGCCCAAAGGGACGAUAUUCCUGGACUCCUGUAUGGGUGUGGUGCAGAAUAAUAAAGUGCGGCGCUUUGCCUUCGAGCUGAAGAUGCAGGAUAAGAGCACCUACCUGCUGGCGGCGGACAGCGAGGUGGAGAUGGAGGACUGGAUCAGCACCCUCAACAAGAUCCUGCACUCCAGCUUCGAGCUCGCCAUGCAGGAGAAGAGGAACGGAGACCUUCAUGACGAUGAUGACCUGGGGAAAGCAGACAGCUCCUCUGGAAGUAUGGAUAGCUUUCAGAGUGCCAGAGACAUUGAAUCCAAGAUGAGGAAUGAAACCAGAUUGAAGCUGUUCACACUGGACCCAGACACGCAGAAACUUGAUUUCUCAGGAAUCGAGCCAGACAUAAAGCAGUUCGAGGAGAAGUUUGGCAAGCGCAUCCAGGUGAACUGCCACGACUUGGCCUUCAACCUGCAGAGCUGCGUGGCUGAAAACGAAGACGGGCCGACGACUAAUGUGGAGCCAUUUUACGUCACACUCUCCCUCUUCGACAUCCAGAACAGCAGGAAGAUCUCCGCCGACUUCCACGUGGACCUGAACCACCCGUCCGUCAAACUGAUGGUGCCCAAUCCCAGCGCUCAAGUCAUGAAUGGGGGCGGGGAGAGCCAGCUGAACGGGCAGAAGCUGACCAAUGGGCUUCCGGAGGGGGCCAUGCAGUACCCCAGAAAAGGAAUCUUCUCUGUGACGUGUCCUCAUCCUGACAUCUUCCUGGUGGCGCGGAUAGAGAAGGUGCUGCAGGGUGGAAUCACACACUGUGCUGAGCCCUACAUGAAGAGCUCCGACUCCUCCAAGGCUGCACAGAAGGUGCUGAAGAAUGCCAAGUUGGCUUGCAGCAGACUGGGCCAAUACAGAAUGCCUUUCGCCUGGGCCGCGAGGCCCUUGUUUAAAGAUGCAUCAGGGACACUUGACAAGACUGCACGCUUCUCUGCAAUCUACAGACAAGAUAGUAACAAGCUGUCCAAUGAAGACAUGUUCAAAUUACUAGCUGACUUCAGAAAGCCCGAGAAGAUGGCCAAGCUCCCUGUGAUCUUAGGAAACCUAGAUGUUACCAUUAACAGCGUGCCUCCAGACAUGCCCAACUGCGUAACCUCGUCCUACAUCCCGGUGAAGCAGUUUGACGCGCAUGAGGGGGAAGUGCUGUUUGAGGUGGAAGAGUUUGUGCCCUGCAUUGCCAAAUGCUCCCAGCCCUUCACCAUCUACAACAACCACCUCUACGUCUACCCCAGGCACCUCAAGUAUGACAGCCAGAAGUCCUUUGCCAAGGCGAGGAAUAUAGCUGUCUGCAUCGAGUUCAGGGACUCGGAUGAGGAGGAGGCCGUUCCACUAAAAUGUAUAUACGGUCGACCGGGAGGUCCUCUGUUUACCAAGAAUGCCUACGCCGCUGUGCUUCACCACCAGCAGAACCCGGAGUUCUAUGACGAGUUUAAACUUGAGCUGCCAACGCAGCUCCAUGAGAAGCACCACCUCCUCUUCACCUUCUUCCACAUCAGCUGUGACAGCAACAGCAAAGCCAGCACUAAAAAGAGAGACGUCAUCGAGACGCAAGUGGGCUACGCCUGGCUGCCCCUGCUGAAGGACGGCCGGGUGGUGAUGAGCGAGCAGCAGGUUCCCGUGGCAGCCAACCUCCCUGCUGGCUACCUCAGCUCCCCCGAGGGCAUCAGCAAGCAGCACUCCAGCCCUGAGAUCAAGUGGGUGGAUGGUGGAAGGCCUUUGUUCAAAGUGUCCACACACCUCGUCUCUACCGUCUAUACUCAGGACCAGCAUUUGCACAACUUCUUCCAUCACUGUCAGAGCAUGGAGUCCACUAGCCAGGUGCCAGGAGGAGUGCUGGUCAAGUUCCUAAAGAGUCUUCACGCCAUGGAGGGUCAUGUGAUGAUCAACUUCCUGCCCACCAUCCUAAACCAGCUGUUCCGCGUGCUGACCAGUGCCACUCACGAGGAGGUGGCAGUCAAUGUGACAAGGGUGAUGAUUCAUGUAGUUGCCCAAUGCCAUGAAGAGGGACUGGAGCACUACUUGCGGUCGUAUGUCAAAUAUGUAUUCAAGACUGAGCCAUACACAGCCAACAUGAGCAGGACGGUGCACGAGGAGCUGGCCAAAGCCAUGACUGCGAUCCUCAAGCCCUCCACAGACUUCCUGACCAGCAACAAACUCCUCAAGUACUCCUGGUAUUUCCUCGAAGCCUUAGUGAAGUCCAUGGCGCAGUACCUAAUCGAGAGUGGCAGGGUUAAGCUGUCGAGAAACCAGCGCUUCUCCGCCUCGUUCCACCACACAGUGGAGACGCUGGUGAACAUGAUGAUGCCGCACAUCACGCAGAAGUACAAGGACAACCUGGACGCGGCACGCAACGCUAACCACAGCCUCGCCGUCUUCAUUAAGCGCUGUUUCACAUUCAUGGACAGAGGCUUCGUCUUCAAACAGAUCAACAACUACAUCAACUGCUUCAUGCCAGGAGAUCCCAAGACCUUGUAUGAGUUUCGAUUUGAGUUUCUUCGAGUGGUUUGCAACCAUGAGCACUACAUUCCCUUAAAUUUGCCGAUGCCUUUUGGAAAGGGAAGGAUCCAGAGAUUUCAAGACCUACAGCUGGAUUACUCCCUAACUGAUGACUUCUGCAAGAACCACUUCCCCGUCGGACUGCUGCUGCGAGAGGUGGGCGGAGCGUUACAGGAGUUCCGGGAGAUCCGGCAGAUAGCCAUCCAUGUGCUGAAGAACCUGAUGGUCAAGCACACCUUUGAUGAUCGCUACGUCUCAAAGAGCCAGCAGGCCCGACUGGCCACCCUCUACCUGCCGCUCUUUGGACUCCUCCAGGAGAAUGUGCACCGGCUCAACGUCAAAGAGGUCUCCCCGUUCGCCAUCAACCACUCCAACAAUAACGGUCGAGAUGACCCUCUCCUGGCGAGCGCCAACAUGACUCCUCCGAGGUCCAGUACGCUCUUUGAGAACAGCCUCCAUAAGGACGUGUUAGGAGUCAUCUCCGGCACAGCGUCCCCCCACGCGGCCUCCACCCCCAACGUCAACUCGGUCCGCCACGCUGACUCCCGCGGCUCCCUCAUCAGCACCGACUCAGGCAACAGCAUGUCCGACAGGAACCACGACAAGGCCAACUCCCUGGACAAGAACCAGCCGGCCUCAGCCCUGGGCAGCUCUCUGCUGCGCUGUGAUAAACUGGACCAAUCAGAGAUCAAGAGCCUGCUCAUGUGCUUUCUACAUGUCCUCAAGAGCAUGUCUGAAGAUGCUUUGUUUACAUAUUGGAACAAAGCUUCUCCGGGCGAUCUGAUGGAUUUCUUCACACUUAUUGAAGUGUGCCUUCAUCAAUUCCGAUACAUGGGCAAGCGAUACAUUGCAAGGCACCAGGAAGGGGUGGGACCCAUACCUGUAGCACACGAGCGGAAGUCUCAGACUCUGCCUGUGUCCCGUAACAGGGCGGGAAUGAUGCAUGCCCGCUUACAGCAGCUCAGCAGCCUGGAUAACUCAUACACUUUUAACCACACCUACAGUCACUCGGACGCGGACGUGCUCAACCAGUCCCUGCUGGAGGCCAACAUCGCCACCGAGGUGUGUCUCACGGUGCUGGACACGCUCAGCAUCUUCAUCAUGGGCUUCAAGACUCAGCUGUGUGCGGACCAUGGACACAACCCCCUCAUGAAGAAGGUGUUCCAGGUCCACCUCUGCUUCCUGCAGAUCAACCAAUCAGAGACGGCCCUUAAACAAGUCUUCACUUCCCUCAGGACCUUCAUCUACAAAUUCCCCUGCACAUUUUUUGAGGGUCGUGCUGACAUGUGCGCCGCCUUCUGCUACGAGAUCCUCAAGUGCUGUAACUCCAAACUCAGCUCCAUCCGCAGCGACGCCGCACACCUGCUCUACUUCCUGAUGAAGAGCAACUUCGACUACACUGGCAGGAAGUCCUUCGUCCGCACACACUUACAGGUGGUCAUUGCAGUCAGCCAGCUCAUAGCUGAUGUCAUCGGGAUUGGUGGGACCCGAUUCCAGCAGUCUCUCUCAAUCAUCAACAACUGUGCCAAUAGUGACAAGACAAUCAAAAACACGGCGUUCCCGUCGGACGUGAAGGACCUGACGAAGCGGAUCCGCACAGUUCUGAUGGCCACGGCCCAGAUGAAGGAGCACGAGCGCGACCCCGAGAUGCUGGUGGACCUUCAGUACAGCCUGGCCAAGUCCUACGCCAGCACGCCCGAGCUGCGCAAGACCUGGCUGGACAGCAUGGCCCGCAUCCACGUCAAGAACGGAGACCUCUCAGAGGCAGCCAUGUGCUACGUGCAUGUAGCAGCUCUGGUGGCAGAGUACUUGAGGAGGAAAGGGAUGUUCAAGCAGGGCUGCACAGCCUUCAGAGUGAUAACUCCCAACAUCGACGAGGAGGCCUCCAUGAUGGAGGAUGUGGGCAUGCAGGAUGUGCAUUUCAAUGAGGACGUCCUGAUGGAGCUGCUGGAGGAGUGUGCUGACGGCCUGUGGAAAGCCGAGCGCUACGAGCUCAUCGCAGACAUCUACAAACUCAUCAUUCCCAUCUACGAGAAGCGCAGGGACUUCGAGAAACUGGCGCAUCUGUAUGACACACUCCACCGGGCCUACAGCAAAGUGACCGAGGUCAUGCACACGGGCAAACGCCUGCUGGGCACUUACUUCAGAGUGGCUUUCUUUGGCCAGGGCUUCUUUGAAGAUGAGGACGGGAAAGAGUACAUCUACAAGGAGCCCAAACUGACCCCCCUCGCGGAGAUCUCACAAAGACUCCUCAAACUCUACUCAGACAAGUUUGGCUCAGAGAAUGUGAAAAUGAUCCAGGACUCUGGGAAGAUAAACCCCAAAGACCUGGAUUCAAAGUUUGCCUAUAUCCAAGUCACUCACGUCACCCCUUAUCUGGAGGAGAAGGAGGUGGUGGACAGGAAGACGGACUUCGAGAAGAGCCACAACAUCCGCCGCUUCGUCUUCGAGAUGCCCUUCACCGUGUCGGGCAAGAGACAGGGGGGCGUAGAGGAGCAGUGGAAAAAACGCACCAUCCUGACCACUACGCACUGUUUCCCCUACGUGAAGAAGCGCAUCGCGGUGAUGUACCAGCACCACACGGACCUGAACCCCAUCGAGGUUGCCAUCGACGAGAUGAGCAAGAAGGUGGCCGAGCUGCGGCUGCUCUGCUCCUCCAGCGAGGUGGACAUGAUACGCCUUCAGCUCAAGCUACAGGGCAGCAUCAGUGUACAGGUGAAUGCCGGACCACUUGCGUACGCCAGGGCAUUCUUGGACGACGCCAGCACUAAAAAGUAUCCCGACAACAAAGUGAAACAACUGAAAGAGGUUUUCAGGCAAUUUGUGGAGGCCUGUGGCCACGGCCUGGGCAUCAAUGAGCGGCUGAUCAAGGAGGACCAGCAGGAGUACCACGACGAGAUGAAGGCCAACUACAGGGACCUGGCCAGAGAGCUGUCCAACAUCAUGCACGAGCCAAUCAGCCCGGUGGAGGAGGGCAUGAAGAGCACUCUCCCCGACUCGCUGCACAUCUUCAACGCCAUCAGUGGCACGCCCAACAGCACCGCCACCAUCCAGGGCAUCCCCAACUCCUCCUCCGUGGUGUGACUCCAGUCUCCUGUCCCAACCAAGGACACCCCCCCCCCC